AUGGCUACCCACCACGACUAUCUUUCAUAUAAGCGAGACACAAGAUGCCUACUCUAUUGGGUGAUCCACGCCUCCAACUUCGUCAUCAAGACAAACAGGAAGACGGACCACCGCUGGAAGUCGCCCGUCAGGUUCAACACGUCCGGGACAGUCACUGUCGAUGAAUUCGCAGGAAUGACUAGACUCAUUGGAGACGAGAUGCGCUCCGUUCCAUCCUUGGUUCUCGGAUUGCUCCGCUCGGAUGGGUUUCAACAAUACACCGAGGGAGACCCCCAAGUCGAGAAGUCCUUCGCAUCUGACAGAAUAUUCACGAUCGCCCUCUACAAGGCUUUCGAAGCCUUUGAGGCUCUUUGUACAAACAGUCGGUGUGCAGGCCAGGAGUCGGGCAAUGGGCUCCAAGUACCUGGUGCCAUCGAGGAGAUCAUUCUCGGCAGCGACUUCUCAGUGCGGGAUGUCAGAAGAUUGAAUGACACUGGGUCAGAGAAUGGAUCAAGUGAUGAUGAUGUCUUCAAAACUCAGAAGCGCGUUAAAAAAAGAAGCAACAUGGGUAACAAAGGGAAGAAAAAGAAGAAGGCGAAGACGGCGGCUCAGGUUUUCCCUGGAGACGUGACCCUGGCAAAGGUACCACUAAAUGACUAUCACUUCGUCAGAACAGACGACGAGCAGAUGACGGAGUACGCAAUGGCCGUCUGCUCAUAUUUCCGGGAGUGUUACAGUCUCCGUGCCUACCUCCAGGGUAUAUGGCGUGAGGUUGCAUAUGACGGCCUCAACAUUGUUGUUGCCGGCACGUUGGUUCAGCUGGCCAUUGGGAUGGUAAAAAAAACCGAGUCGGAUGUCUUCGCAGACUUUCCAAGUCGGCUCUCGUUUGAAAAACUCGAGAGGGCCAUGACGUUGGGGAAUGUACAGAAGGCCGAGGAUGAGUUUGGCGCAACCAUGCACCUCUUGAUAUCGGACGACCGGAGCCAAGGUAGCGACAAUGCCUUCAUCGAUUUCAGAGAAUACAUCAUGUCCUACACCUACCAAGAUCUUGUUGACUUUGUGGUCGACUACCAACAGAAGAGAAACGGUCGAGCUACACGAGAGGAAAGGUCGAAAUGGCGUCGAGCGUACACAAUCAAAUGGCUGUACGAUUUUGUCAACAUUUAUUCAUGCCCAACCGCCAAAUAUGCUGACGAGGAACACCAAGACCUCGAGGACAUCGACUGGUCCCCCCAAAGCAAGCAUGUCCUCCAACAAGCGGUUACGGGUCUCCAAGAUUUUGCGGCAAUCAUUACCUCGCUUGCAAUGCGAAAGCCCGGCACCUGCGUUUCGGAACGCAUCUUACCACACCAAGUCUUUGUGAUACAGUACGCCUUCAUCGUGUCGCGCGGCUGGUCCAUCGAUAUGUUGAAAGGGCAUGUCCUCAUGAGUCCGCCCCAGAGUUUCAACCCGACCAGAGAAAUUGAGCUGUUCUUGGAUCGAGAAAAUGAAAGGAAACCCUCGGGGUGUAUGCAUGCUCUUUGGCACCUGACGGAGCUUCUUCAGGCCGACGAAACACUCCGCAUGCAACCAGGUUACCACGACAAUUGGUUCGAAUCCGCGCAAGCACUCCAUAAUCUAUGGAGCUGUCUAGGCCGUUCAACCCACUUACAUGAAGAAUUCAUGUUCCCGGAUUCUGCAUUCUCUGAGACUCACGCCAAUGGCCUUUGGGAGCUCUCUCCUUUCCUAUGUGGCGUGGGACUCAUGGAUAGCGUUGAGUUGGCAUACCGAUACUCGAUGAGUAUAUGGGACGCUCUGGUGUUGAUUUCAGCGAUGUUCCAUUUUUACAACAUGCUUGUGAAAGCGGGGUACCUCACAAUACCGAACCAGCUUUACCACAGUUUACAAGACUCGUUUAGGGACUGCAUUUUCCAAAACGGCGAAGUACCGACGUACAACUUCGGCCGGUGCCUCACAAGACGAGUGAACGAUCUCUGGGGUACAGGAAAGCAGGGCCAGAAGAAUGCGCGGUGCUUGAUGGCAUCAAAAACACAGGGAAUAUACGGGGGGCUAGAUCCCAGCCUGAAUGUGUCGUUCAAAAAGAAAUCAAACUUGCUAUUGUACCGAGACGCCAACUGGGACAUCGAAAGCAUCCCGGACGGCGAUAUUGAGCCACGAUCUUCACUUGCGAUGCUCCGCAUCUCCCAGGCAAAGCAAGUAACCGACAAUCAAACAGGAGAGAAAAUUCUCGAAGAAACAGACCUGAUACGCCGCGCCAAAGCAGAGCUCAAAGUAGACAAUGACGAGCUCUUGAGCAUGGCGAAUGCACAGAUUGGCGUCGAACCGGCUAGUCAUGCAGGCACUCGGCUAGCUAGGGAACAAUUACUGAGGCUUGUCAAGAAGGACAUAUACAAUGAUGUCUGUGGAGACUCGCCCUCAUCCGGCAUCAACUAUCUUGGGGUUGCUGCUUUUGUCUUGUUCCACCACAGCAGCAUCGAGAUGGAGCUGCUCCGCUUGGAAAUUCCGCGAUUCCUGGAGGUGUAUUUAUCCGAGAAUCCCGAUAGACGGCUGCUUUCCCUGAUUCAAAUCAUGAAUCUUCGCGAUGAAGGGUGUCUCCGGAUCAUGGCUGGGGUGAUGGAGACCUUCAGGACUUCGUUGAAGGAUUUCGUCUAUUGGGAAGACAUGGGCAGAGCAGCGGACAUGCCGAACAGAAGCUCCGCGGAAAGGCCGGCCGAUAAGCAAUGCCCAGUUAUGUGA